AGAGAUUCCACGCGCACGAAUUCAAUGCUGAGUAAUGGCGAUGGCUUUGAAUACAGUGAUGAAUAUGAGCUCGAUGAACCGUUCAGCGAUUCUGAUGACGAUGUGCGCACAAAACAACUGCAGAAGCCUAACCUUGUUAUACCACGUGGAAGGAUUAGGACUUUGUCGGGUACAGUGCCAAUCGUUGGCUACUCUCCAAAAUGGGGUGGACCGACUAUGUGCUUAAGCUGUUUGCAGUUUUUCGAUUUACCUGAACAAAUGGACCGAUUCGAAGAGCAUCUUUUGAAAGAGCAUAAAAUCGUCGUCUCAGAGAUGGGCCUUAUUGUCGAUCCUAAAAGGUACAUUGAGCAUUGGCGUCAACGUUUUGCCAAGGAAAGUGUGGAUAAGAUAUUCGAACGCAUAGAACCGAAAGAAGGAGAUAAAUUUUUUGGUGAAACAGAUUAUUACUACAAUAUGUCGGAAUCAUUGCCAGAAGACUAUUCUGUUCGGCAACGCUUAGCUAUGCGUCGUCUUGAAGAAGCCCUUUCUUGCCAACAGAGAGAACGCGAAGACACGAAUUUUCAACAGCAGUGUAUUUUUUGCCGCUACACAGCUCGUGGAAAUCGUUCAAAAAUCAUCCACCACCUCUAUAUGAUCCAUCACCUGAAUCUUGGUUCACCUGAUAACCUGGUUUUCGUUACGGAAUACAUUGAACACCUUAAGGAAAAGCUGCAGAGAAAUGAAUGCAUUUAUUGUGAAAAAAUAUUCGGUGAUCGCAACACCCUUAUGGAUCAUAUGCGUAAGAGAAAUCACAGAGAGGUCAACCCUAAGAAUCACUACUACGACAAGUUCUACAUCAUCAAUUAUCUCGAACUUGGCAAACGUUGGCUGGAUGUCCUAGCAGAAGACUUUGAGGAUACCAUGCCAACUUUCGUAGAUUCUGAAGAAGAAGAGGAGGACAACUCAUGGUGCGAAUGGCACGAGGAUAAUGUGGACGCAGACGAAAUAAGAGUUGUUUGCCUUCUUUGUCACGAGAGCGAUGACACUGCUGAGGGUCUUCUUGCUCAUAUGAAGGAGAAGCACGAGUUCGAUCUCGUGAAACUUAUAGAUGAAAACCAUUUAGACGUUUACCAACGCAUGAAGUUGAUCAAUUACAUAAGAAAACAGAAUUUCAAGCCUGUUUGUUUUGUUUGCCAACGAAACGAUAUAGAAAACACUCAAGAGCUGGCCAAACAUCUUCAAGAACGUGAAAGACCCAUUAAGAGUCUUCCUGAUAAGUCGCUUUGGGAUACAGAAGAGUGUUUGGUACCAGUUUUUGGUAACGACAAUUUCCUUUGGAGACUUGAAUCGUUGCUAGAAUCUCGCGAAGCUGACAGUGACAAAGAAGAACAAACUUGUCGAGAAAGUGGGAAAAUUUAUGCCGCAUUUGUUGCUAAGAGUCAGAAAAAUACUGUUGAGGGGGUUAUUGCCGAAGAUUUACCAGAUCUUCACGAUCUUAAGGAUGUGCUUCAAGAACUGCUUUGA